AUGAAGACCAUCGGCAUCUGCAUUCCCACCAUCGAAGGUGGGGUAGUCUGCCAUCAAGAGAUCGGACGAGAAGCAACCAGGCGAGGUGUUGCCUACCCUGCGAUCGCUACACAUACGCCACUCUUCGAGGAAAUUGGCCGGGCUGUCCAAACAAGUGACUUCAACUCGCUGGCGGCGGUGCUCAGCGAUUCGAUCAACCGUAUCGCGAAAGCCGGUGCCGACGUUGCUAUCAUUUCCGCCAAUACAAUGCACAUUGUUUUCGACGAGAUCGCCGCCCAGUCCCAGAUUCCAAUCCUCAGUAUCCUCGAGGUGACGGCGGAGUAUUGCACAAAGCAUGGUUACCAGCGCGUGGGUGUGCUCGGCACAACUCCCACUAUCACCAGACGCAUUUUUGAUGCACCAUUGGAGAAGAGAGGCAUGACCACUGUCUACCUCUCUCAGUCUGACCAGGAUGUGGUGAUGGAUAUCAUUCAUAACGAGUUAAUCCGGGGCAUAUUCCUUGAUCCCUCGCGCCAGCAGCUGGAGCGCAUUGCAAAGCAGCUGGCGACGCAAUGUGAUGCCAUCAUCCUCGGUUGCACCGAGCUGCCGCUGGUUCUGACCGAAGAAAGCUGUCAGACCAAAUUCGUGGAUACCACCAGGGUUUUGGCUCAUGCAGCGCUUGACCAUGCGCAUGAAUAA